UUCCAACAAAACGUUCCGCACUCACUCAAUCGGGUUCAGUAUGAAAUUGCCAUUCUACAGAAUCACAGUUUGUGGGAAAAUUCAGUGUAAAGAGUGAAAAUUUACAACCUCUGUGGUACAUACUGAAAGUAAAGACCCCAUGUUGGUUUACAGUUGAAUUAUAGAUAGCAAUGCAUCUCUGUAGACUAUGAUAUCAUAUUCAGUGCAUAAAUUUCCCACUGGACUCAUGCCAUUCCCAAAUAUCGGAUUGUGUUUCUGCAUCUCAAUGUUAUUUUGUGUAACUUGUGCAUCGAAUUUGGAGCAGUAUCUCCAUCAAGGCACUAAUUUAAAUGGCAACACACUCCAUGGAUCAGAACAAGAAAUUAAUUUGGAGGAUUUUUUCUGGACUGGAUCUGGAGACGGACCACCAGCUUAUCUGCGAAAGUCCUCAAGUGAUUCAGGACCAACCCAAGUACGACAUACUUUCAUUAAAACAUCUACCGUCCUGGCUACUGUCUACAUUGAUGGUUAUGCAGAAACCGAGGGGGAUCCUCUUUGUGUAUUUGAUUGCUCCGCCGAGGAUACUUCCUCUGUGAAUUAUUCCCCAACAGACCGAAGGUAUUGGUUGCUAACGGUUGUAGCGGGAUUUUUUGGUAAAAGAGAUUUCAAGAUGAUCGAAGAAAAGCUGGCUAAACUCUACAGACUUGCCUUUUCUCGUCAACAAGCUCGACACCUUGGAAUAACAAAUUCAACAACACAGCUACCAAUUGAAAGGAAUUACCGAAGAAAACGUGAAUUGAAAGAUACAAAUUUGUCCAUAUCACCAACAAAAACUCUUCAAGAUGAAGCAAAAUUUACUACUGAUCCUCAACUAAAGGCAAAUCUAACUAUGAAAAAUAAUACAAAAAAUUUCUACAGAACUUCUGAUCAAUCUGGGCAAAGGACAGUUAGGGUAGUAAUUCAUAAUUUCACCCAAUGGACGGAGUAUGAGCUGAAAAAUGCAGAAAACCUGGUGGAUUACAUGAAUGAGAGACGAGGCAACAGUGUUCCUCUUUCAAAUCAGACCGAGUUCAUUUACACGGUAUUCGUGGGUCAGAAGCCCGUACUAGCGGUUACAGCAGCUGAUGAUAUGAAAUUAGUGUCUCAGCAGGAAAUGGUGAAAGUGAUGGAGAAUGAUGUGUAUACGAAAGCUGAGCCUUACCUGAAGGAACCCUUAGCCACACCCCUAAUCCCCUCAAUUUUAGUGAAUGGCAGUUCGAACAUUUUCCAAGUUGCUACUGAAAAUCCAAUUAUGUUUGCAAUUAUUUGCACGUCGUUUUUCCUCCUCAUAAUUCUCCUAAUAAGCCUUGUGCUAAUGACGAGAGCUAAAAGAAAGCGGAGUGCCGAAGUUCGCAGACUCGCUACUCAAGCAUUAAUAUCGCAGAAUAGCACACCAACUGAACACAUGCAUUCAUCUCAUCAACGAGUGAUUGGAAUAGAUAACUUUGGAUUCCAGAAGUCAUCUCAGUUUGGCAAUGGACAAAAAUUGGAAAAGGGCAAACCACCCACAAUUCUAUUCCCAUUGCCACCAUCAUCACCGACAAGCAGCUCCACGUCAGAUUCGUCAAUCUACUAUCCUAAGAGGAAGUCUCACAUGGAUAUCCAAGAUGUCCUCGAAGAGAAGUCAGCGUCUCUCUUCAACAAAAAGAGUGUUAAGGUGAUUGAUAGCAAGGAUGGGCAGGAGCAUAGUGAUCACAUGUAUGCGACAAUUUCAAAAUGUCAGUCGAGCAAGAAGAACAAAUACAAGAGCAGGAAGAACCGUUUGCCGGACAAUAGAGUUGGCUCAAUAAAUGAUGCUGGUGUCCAGACAUCACCUACAUCGUCAGAUCGUAGUGAAACCACCUACGCCUUGCCCUCACACAACGAAGAUUACAACCCCGCUCACUACUACAGUGAGAAGUAUGCUAAAAGUGAGAUGUAUCCGGAACACCUAAAGUCAGAAGACUUUGAAGUGGCUAGUUCGGUAUUUGAUUCACCCAAUGAAGCCAUAAACCGAGAAAUUCUCAGAGUCCUGCAAAAGGGGGAGAAGUCACCCGGCAGCGGAAGUAUUGGGUCCUACCUCAGUAUGGCUUCUGUUAAAAGUUUUCCAAAAUGCAGUGCUCCAGAACCUCUUAGUCGCAUCCUGGAACCAGUUACAGUGACACAUUUUGACAUGUAUGACGCUGAAGAAAGGAUGAAGGCUGAAAAUGGAUCAAAUGGUUUACCAGAAGAUAUUCAAUUGAUUAGAAGUCACAGCGAUGGAACUGAUCCAGGUGUAACAGGACCAAUUGUUUGGGAAAUACACAAAAAAGAAGUUCAGAGAAAGAAAGCAAAUGCUACAAGAAAAGAUACCGAAGAUGGAGAUUCCAUGCCUAAUGUUAGUCUGAUGAAACCAGGUGGAGCUAAAAUGGAAAAUCGAGGAAAAUCAGCUACAGUAACGAGUGAGAAUGAAUUAUUUCACCACAAUACGUCAGACCUUAUGAGGCCAGUUACUGCGAGUAUUCCUCAGUCUACGAUUACGGAAGAAGCAUCACCCCCUACACCUUCGAAAAAAGCCUGGAGCAGCACAACACCAUCUCCUUUGGUACGACCUCUCAGUGCUGGACCUUUCCAUCGACCUCCUGCGCCAGUGGUUGAUGUAGCGAGAGUCUUAGCGCCACAGGAAGCUGAUAAAACGAAUCUGUCAUCGGCUCCUCUUAUCGAGGCCAUACAGAAUGAACUCAAGAAAUUUAACAGAGGAGAUAACAAUUAAACACAAAGCAUAAUUUCUAUAAACGUGCGGAAUUUUAAAAGAUCCAAACAUACGAUAUCUAUCUAAAAAUAACCAUAUGUAAAUAAAAUAAUAUCAUAUCAUACAUCAAUUUUAUUUAUUUAAAUAUAGGUAUAAAAUAAAUCCAAAUAAACGA